AUGACGGAUGCUUUGACCACCACUGACUUGCAAGGCGCACUGCCUCUUGUUGCUCGUGGUAAGGUCCGCGACCUGUACGAGGUUGACGACAAGACCUUGCUGUUCGUUGCGACUGAUCGUAUAUCCGCCUACGAUGUGAUCAUGGAGAACGGCAUCCCCAACAAGGGCAUUCUCCUCACUCUUUGCACGAAGACAUGGUUCAAGAUCCUCUCCGAUAACGUUCCCGGAUUGCGCACCCACUUCCUCACUCUCGACCUCCCUUCCCAGAUCCCCGAAUCCCUGAAGCCAGUACUGCAGAACCGGGCAAUGCAAGUGCGCAAGCUGCGUAUUCUCCCUAUUGAGGCUAUUGUCCGCGGAUACAUCACCGGGUCCGCCUGGAAGGAAUACCAGAAGUCCGGAACAGUUCACGGAAUCCCUGUCCCUGCCGGACUGAAGGAGAGCGAGGCUUUCCCCAAUGGUCCAAUCUACACUCCUAGCACCAAGGCGGAGCAGGGUGAGCACGAUGAGAACAUUCAUCCAGAUCAGGCUACCGCCAUCCUUGGAGAGCCAUACGCCUCGAAGGUUGCCGAGCUGGCUAUAAAGCUGUACAAGGCCGCGCACGCGUAUGCGCUCGAGCGCGGUGUGAUCAUCGCUGACACCAAGUUUGAGUUCGGUGUUGACGAGGAGACAAACGAGGUUGUCCUGGCUGAUGAGGUUCUGACACCAGACUCCUCUCGAUUCUGGCCAAAGGACUCGUAUGCCAUUGGCCAGGGCCAGGCAAGCUUCGACAAGCAGUACCUGCGGGACUGGUUGGUUUCCGAGGGCCUAAAGGGUAAGGAUGGUGUUCGCAUGACUGAGGAGGUUGUUCAAGAGACCGCUGCCAAGUAUAAGGAGGCUUGGGAGAAGAUUACCGGAGGUAACUAG